GCGAGAGGCGCAAUGGCGUCUGCCAAUCCACACAAGGAACGUUGUAAUAGUAGUCGAACGUGUAGCGUCUGUAUCGAACCGUUCAAGGACCCAAAACUGCUACCGUGUUUCCAUACAUUUUGUCAGCGUUGUUUAGAAGAAUUUACAUCGAGAACAGCCAGAAAUGGUGAGUUUUGUUGCCCCGUGUGUCGCUUCAAAGUCACACUUCCGGAAUCAGGAGUAAGAGGGUUUCAAACUAAUUUUUACAUCGAAGCUGAUGAGCUAAAAAAGGCAAGCGAAGAUGCAUUCUGUGAGGUCUGUUCCAAGACUGCAGUCAACAGGUGUAACCAGUGUGAGCAGAUAUUAUGUGAUACUUGUACAAGCGUUCACAACUCAUUGAGUAUGACUCGAAAGCACUCUCUCAUUCGUCUAAAUAAGACCUCCAAAGACUACCCGGCGAUUUCUAAGCCUGAAUUCUGUACUAAGCACAAAGGGGAACGUUUCCGAUUUCACUGUACGACAUGCGAGCGGGCUGUUUGUCGUGACUGUAAACUAACAGCACACGAGGGUCACAGAACUGUGGAUUUGGAAGAUGUGAUUAAACAGGGUCGCAAUGACCUGGCGAAAGUGAAAGUAGAACUCGAUGCGCGUAUGACUGCGUUUGAGCGAAAGCUUCAGAAAACCGCAGAUAGUAAAUUGAAAUGUUCUAUAACAGCAGGCGCGAUAGCACAAAAAAUCAAUUCCGCAGCUGACCAGAUGAUUGAAAAGAUAAACUCUCUCCGCAAAGAAAAGUUGAAAGAAAUUAAAGGAAUAAAAACAACAGAGCUUUCAUAUUUAGAUAGAAUUGAAACGACUACUACACAAGACAAGCUGUUUCUUGCAAGCCAUAUUGAACAUGUAUCCAGACUGUUGGAGGAAGGCUGUGGUGCAGAUAUCUUGAAUACACUUCCGGAAAUGCGACGAAGGUUAAAAGACAUGAAAUACAGCAUUGACGGAACUGAUGUUGAAAAACUUAAGAAUCCUAUGCUAUUAACUGUGUCCAGAAGUAAGAGAAUCAUGAAAAGCUCAGAAAUCCUCCAGAUUUUAAUGGCAGUUCCUGAAGCCGAAAUAGUAUCACCUAAUUUCGAAUUUCAAUGUCCUACUGCAAAGGGAACCAUCGACUUCAUAAGUCCGACUGGUCAGAAUCAGGCAUGGGUCGCCAUUCGCGGCACCACAGGUGGAUGUUCACUGAUCCUGUUUGAUGAAAGGGGUGGGGCAGUAAAGAAGUUUGAACUACACCUAGACCGUUAUGAAGCUGUUCGCGGAAAGGGGAUCCAAAGUAUGAUGCACGUUCCUAUAUCUGACGAAAAUGUUAAAUCCGAGGAAAUCACAGCACUCAUGGAAGAUAUCAAACUGAAACAGAGCUCGCGGAAGGACGUGAAGAAUGGUAAAACAUGUGAAGUCUUCGCAAUCCCAGGAACUGUCAAAGUGUCAACCUCAACAGGGACUGAAUUCGAGUUGUCCCCAGUUCCUCUGGCAAGCGCAAGAUCCGUAUUUUCUCCCGUGGAUGUGUGUUGGGGUCCUGAAGGCGCCAUUGCUAUUGCCGACAAGGGAAGCAACUCUGUUUUGAUGUUUCGAGACAAAGAAUCCAAACUUAAAUCUUACAGAAUGUCGCAAGACAGGAAUUUUAGCCCAUGUGCUGUGGCCUUGGGAGCUGAUAAUAAGCUGUGGGUUGGGACCGUGUCGGGGAGAGUGCUUAUUACUGGCGGACUUGCUUGAAGGUUAGGAAGCUACAAAGACGUUGUUGUCUUAACUACUAACUCCAUAAUAAGCAAGGUUACAUGCAGUUUUGUGAACCCUGACUUUCUCUGUAAGACCUGUGCGUGAAUCGUGAAGAAAGCUGGGUAGUUAUCCUAUAUGUGGACAAUUUGUAAGACCCAUUCUUCUAAUACACUAUCAUAGUCUAAGAAGUGUUUCCCAAAUCAUUUAAUAUAAGUAAAAUAGAAAUUGGUUAUUAAGAAAGAAUGUCUGUUCAUGCAAAUUGUGGAAACUAGCUAGUAUUAAAGGGCCACUGAUCCAGAGCAAUUUCCGUG